AUGCCGAGUGAUUCUAUGUCGCAGGGCUCUCAUCGUAGUAUUGGUAUUAUUAUCAUCGAGGUUGCGGUGUGCAUUUUGAUUGACAUGAUGGCGCUUUUUGGCAAUGUGUUGGUUUCCUUGGCGGUGAUUCGCAGUCCCAAACUGCGCACUUCAGCAAGUAUGUUUAUUCUCGCUUUAGCUAUCGCGGAUGUUCUUAUGGCGCUAAUCUGUAUCCCUAUUACUUGCGGGAUACUUGUGUCCGAAGAUUGGAUAAACAUUAGCGCGCUCUGUGACAUUCAGGGGUUUGCUAUUUUGACUUUGGCCUUGAUGUCCAUAGCCACUUUGGCUCUGACGGCUUUAAACCGCUUUUUUCGUGUGGUGAAACCUGCAAUUUACAAACGCUUCUUCACCAAAAAAAACUCUCUGCUUCUCAUAGGAGUGGUGUGGCUUAUGAUCGUUGCAUUCUACGCGGGGUUACUUGUGAGCAAGGCGACUCACGUGCGUUAUGAGCCUAGUUACGCGGUUUGUGCUGUGGCGCACACUCUCGUGCAAACGUUAGCAGAGUUCGUGUUUGUUAUUCUCGCCUUUAUAACAAUUGUUGUAAGCUACUCGCUUGUGUUCGUUCGCAUAAGAAGGGACCAGCUUUCUAUGGUCUCCUCGCUCUUGGGACAAAAUAGAGAUUUGAAUAUCUCCGUGGAAGAGAUUAAGAUCUCCAAUCUUCUUUUCAUGACUGUUCUCGGAUUCGCGAUCUGUUGGAUUCCAAGUUUAGUUGUUAUCACAAUGGAUCGCGUAUCCCCUGACACGACACCGCCUCGCUCCAGGACUUUACUAUGCACGUAUCUCAGCUACCUCAACGCAGCCUUAAACCCCUUUAUAUACGGUGUCAUGAAUCGUUCCUUUAGAGCGGAGUACAAGAGGAUCCUUCUCUGCCGCAGGACGCAGAUUGAUGUCCACCAAGCUGGGAGCAAAGCUAUGAGGACAUUUAGAAACACCGCGCGCGCUGCAGUGAUAUGGAAAGCAAGAAUUGCUUUAGAUGACAAACUAGAUAUAUCAAACGUCGCGUCGCAUAAGGAACAUAUUUCCGAUACAGUACCAACGGAGAAUGGAGAUAUACUUCUUGGAAAUUCUCGCAGUUCAUCGCCUUGUUCUGGUGUGGUUACGUUCUCGCAUAUUUCCCGCACUUCGUCGCCAACUCUAGAUUGA